CCUUUACAAUUUAAUCAAAUAAACAAUAGAAAAGAUCAAACUAUCUACUAGAUAAGAGAGAAAGAAAAAGUAGAGAAAGAAGAGGAAGAGUGGAGAAUGGGGAAGAUGACGACUAUAGUUGCAUGUUCUCGGUGGGGGUUUUUUGCGCUGUAGAAAAGAAGGGCCACUGAGUUGCACCUUCACUAGUGGCAAUGAUGCCCACAAUCACAAACACCAGCAAAAUCCCAAUUGAAGCUCGAGUCACGGCCUCACCCACCCACGCCAGCACAAAUGCACAAUCGAGAACAGACUGAGUUCAGAGAAUCAGAGUCAGAGGACAGAGAUUAAGAAGUUUUACCUCCUUCUGCUUAGUGGAGGGAGCAAUUGAACAAUGGGUGAACAGAGUUACAGAGGUGAAGCCGUGCGUGAAGUAAAAACUAGGAGUGCAGCUUUCAAUAUAGGUUGAGGUUCAUCCCUUUGGCGCUUUUUGGAAACCUAAGCUUUCGUUUGAUGAACAUGGACGACCCUCUGGAUUUCGAGGUUGAAGACGAACUUCUCAAACCCCUUCCAAUCAACAAAAAAAGGAAGAAAGCUAUAGGGUUGGAUGAUCUUCUCCAAGAUCACUACAAUGAACAGGACAAGCUUUUAGAGAAGCAGGUAAAGCAGGCAAAGAAGGGAAAGACAAAGAAAGUUAAGUCUUCGUACGAUGAUGAAGAUCGCCAGGAAGCUUUGGUGACUAGGCUAGUUGAAAAAUGUCACAAUCAGUUGCAAGCUUUUGGCGACGAACCGGAAAUUCCAGUUUGGGGGGUAACAGUUUUUGGUGAAAAGAAAGCCUUCCCCCCUCUGGACUUUCCUGAUCUUGGAAGUUGUAACAUUUUUCAGUCUUUUUUGAACAACAAGCUAAAUUCAGUGGUGGAAUUGGCUGCGGACAAAGGAGAUAUCUUUUUUGAAGGGUUACUAGUCAAUGGUUGGCUUUCAAGAUUAGCUUUCCUCUGUGGUCAUAUAGAAAAACCAGUAGCCAUUUGGGCCUUCAAUACAAUGUUAUAUUCAUCUAAAGUAGAGCUCCUAAACUCUUCCUGUGACUUCUGGUGUGCAAUUCUCUCCUCUGGAAAGGAGGUUGAUCAAUUUCCUGUCAAAAUUGAUUGGUUUCCUCAGUUCACUGAUUUGAGAAGAGCUCUUGACAUUUACGGGUUUCUAUUUAAGUUUUCAUCCAGUGCUGAGGAUAUCAUUUUAGAUUCUGAAAUGGGAGGACCACCUCAAAAUAUUAGAGCUUGGAUCAGAUUUGUCACUGCCUGUUGUCUGAUAAGGACUAAAAGAGCUAUCUUCUCCACUGUAGAAGCUGAAGAGAUAGUUGAAAUAAUUAUAUGUCUAUUACUAGAUCGCCAGUUCCAGGGUUUGUUGGUGCUUUUGAAUGACUGCAUGCAAGCAAUUGUCAAUUACUUCACAGACCAAGAAUGGCACUCAAGUUGUGAAAACAUAGCUAAAUUCAUUGCUUGCAGAGUCUCAAAGGAUUUGAAUUGCAUCCAGGCUGUUGAAUGUAUUUCAGAAGCUAGUUCUCGUUGUAAGCAACUUAGGUGUGCUGUUGCUUAUCAAAGCCUGCUUUCUUGUUUUGAUGAAGCCAACUGUGGAGAAGAGGUCCUGGAAUCACUUACUAUGAUUAACUUCAAAGCCAAAAGUUGUGAUUUCUUCAAGAUGUACAUUCACUUAGUUUUGACAGAAAAUUGGGUUUUGUCCACCUCAUUAGUUGGAGACAAUCCAGUAAUCGACGAGAGGUUCUGUCAAUUUCUUAAACAUUGUUCUAGCUUAAUUUCAGCCACAGACCUACGAUCUUAUGCAGCGAAGGUUCGUCAUAGGGCUGCAUAUCUUUUGCACAUCUCCAUCUUAAAUUGAUUGGUUUCAGGGAAGAUUGAUUGCAUUCAAAGAAUAGAGAAUCAGAUAAAUCAAGUAUUCUUUCACAUUAUUCUUGUGUAGCCUGAGAUGGUCAGAUUUUAAUGGGGGAAAGGUUAAGGAAUGAUGCCUUGAGUAGGCACCUAUGACUAUGUAUCUUAUUUUGACUAAAUACCAGAUUCUUAAGACUCCAAGAAUACAUUCCUUUCCUGAAGCUUGAGAUGUUUUGAAGCCAUUCUAAUAGCAAAGAUGCAUGGUGAAUGUUGACUCUUUUUGCUACUUGUUGGAUACUCAUCCUAGUGUACAUUUCAAGGGGUACCUUAUGUUAAAUAUCCUUAGGUUAAGGGUCCUAGUGCACAUUUUGUUAAAAAUCCAAGUGCAACUUAUCUUUCUGAA